UCCAUUAGAUUAUUUACGGGUUGUGUCGAUUUCGCACCGUUCAGUCGGCGGCAGGUUGAGCGUAGAACAGGAUGGCACAAAUUCCGAGCAGCGAGAUCCCCUCGUGGAUGACUAAGGAGUAUUUCAGUGACGUUGUGGCGCAGAAACUGGGCAUCGCUGAGAGUGAAGUGCAAAUUAGUGCUCUUGAUGUGAAACCUGCCACCGAGUCUGGGGAUAACUUCGCUUCGAAGCUGUACCGUGUGGCGGUAGAGGUCAGCUGCAGUGAUGGAUCCUCGAAGAAGGUGCCUUUGAUUGUGAAGGCCUUGCCCAACCUGGGGCUGGCCGAAUAG